GGAGGAGUGUAUGUGCGAGCAAGAGUUUGUGUCGGAUGGCGGAGCUCACCUAACGCUGCUGGGACAUGAAGGCAGCAGUUCACUAAAACGGUGUCGGGGGGGACUAGAAGAGGAAGCGAAGAGCCGCUGACAUGUCCUUCUACAGAAACGGCGUGUGGUUUCUCAAGGGCUUGCGCGAGUAUACAAAAAGUGGAUAUGAAGCUGCUGCCCAACAAUUUUCCCUGAAGGACCUCGAUGUUGAUGUGUCCGGAAGGUGCUUCCUGAUCACUGGAGCAAACAGCGGGAUUGGCAAGGCCACAGCACUGGAAAUUGCAAAACGGGGUGGUGUUAUCCAUCUUGUUUGUCGAAACAAAGAGCGAGCUGAAGAGGCCAAAGCUGAGAUUGUGAAGGAGGCCAAUAAUGAGGAGGUUUUUGUCCACAUUCUUGAUAUGUCAAGACCCAAAAUGAUCUGGGAGUUUGCAGAUGCAUUCCAGCAAUCAAAUGACAAACUGAACGUUUUGAUCAAUAAUGCGGGGUGUAUGGUCAAUCAGAGAGAGCUGACUGCAGAUCAAUUAGAAACAAACUUUGCUACCAAUACGUUAGGUCCGUACAUUCUCACUACAGCUUUGAUACCUGUCUUAGAAAAAUGUGAAGAUGCCAGAGUGAUCACGGUAUCCUCGGGGGGAAUGCUGGUCCAGAAGCUGAACGUUGAUGAUUUGCAGUUUGAGAAAGGGAGAUUUGAUGGGACCAUGGCUUAUGCACAGAAUAAGCGGCAACAAGUCGUAAUGACAGAGCAAUGGGCAAAAAUGUAUAAGAACAUCCACUUCUCCUCUAUGCACCCAGGCUGGGCUGAUACAGAAGCCGUGAGAUCUUCCAUGCCGGAUUUCCACACGAAGAUGAAGAACCGGCUGAGGACCCCAUCUCAAGGUGCAGAUACAUUGGUUUGGCUUGCUAUUUCCAAUGUAGCAGCACAGCAACCUAGUGGCCUCUAUUUCCAAGACAGGAAGCCUGUGUCAACCCAUCUUCUGCUGGCCCAGACAAGAGCAACAGCUGCUGAGGAAGAGAAACUGAUGAAUAGCUUGGCGGAAAUAGCAAUGAAGCAUAAACCUGGCAGCGGGUGACAUUACUGGGGUAAAGGCAAAUGUAACUCUUUGAAAAGUUACUGCGGUGAUACUGUUUCUGCGUCGCUGUCUAACCUAUCGUUUUCACUAUUGAUUGAUCAAUCUCCUCCACAAUGAGAUGACGCCACACAGAUGGAGUGAUCACUUUUUUGGCAUCUGUCUAUCUCCAGCUGCUCUCCCACCUUCCCAUCUUUUAACAUCCAGCCAUAGGUCAGUGCCGUCAGGAACAAUAUUUCAUCCUUGCAGCACUCUCAGCUGAGUGCUGGUGAUUUAUUUUUGACCUUUUUAGUUAUUUACCUCCGUUUUCCUUUUCUGCUUCUCCCCGUGCUUCCUUUCAACUUCCUUCACUUGGACACACCAUAGAAAUAAAGUCUCCCCUUUAACAUUGUUAUGCUUCAAAGUCAUUAACAGUGACAAAAAAAAUCCAUUUAACAUGGCCAGCUUCACUUGCAUUGUUUGUCACAGAUGUCCUCUUCUGUCGACUACGUUCUUUCAUGACCUCUGCCUUUGCUUUAGCCAUCAGUCUCCAACAUUGCUCCCUUCCAGCCUUGCCUCUGUCGCAGGCAUCAUCUCUCCCUGGGGCCUUACUCCCUUCCUGUUCAUUUUGGGGCUUGGAUAUUGCUGGUAAGGCCAGCAUUUGUCACCAUACCUAAUUGCCGUUGAAUCGAGUGGCUUGCUCAGCCAUUUUCAAAGGGUAUUUAAUGGUAAUCCACAUUGCUGUGGGUCUGGAAUCACAUACAGACCAGAACAGUAGAUAUCCUUCCCUAAAGAAUAUGACUAACCUGGAUGGGUUUUCACGAUAGUUUCAUGAAUACAAUUAAAGACAUUAGCUUUAACGUUCCAGAUUUAUGAACCUGUGUUCUCUGGAUUUACUGAUCAAAUCUGUUCCCACCUUACCCCUCUUUUUUUGUUUCCUUGCCUUAGGCUCUGGUGUUCUUCUCUUGGUUGCUGACUCCAUUCUCACUGAGAUUGAAGGCUUUAGAUGGUGGUGGAAGCCCAUCAUUGCCAAAAGUCCCAAGAGUUUAGUAAAUACUAGCACUAACCAACCUCUGUUUCUGAUGGUGUCUCAGUCGAUGCAAAAGUACGGUACUGCAUGGCAAGUGCCUGCCGAUACCCAUAACUGCACAUGUUCAUUCAUCUGGAAACGCGCACAAUUCUGGACGGGCAAUGUCAUGGGUUUGGGUGGGUAUGCAUGUAGUCAAAUGUGGGAGGGGCUGAGGAUUUAUUACCAGAUUCUCCACAUUUCAGUUCAUAUUUAUUUAAGAAAUCUGUCAGUAUAUAUUUUGUCCAGAUCUGUUGUCGUCUUUAAGAAACUAUUAAAAUGUUUUGAAUGAUUUCACCAUGAAAAUAUAAUGCCAAAUAUUUAAUGUUUGUUUCAGGAGGACUGCUCCUAGUGUGAUUAAGAGGAUAUUCAACAGACCUGUACCUCUUUCCAUAUGCAAGUGCUGUUUUUCCUGUAUGAUUUUUGAAUGUUGAUGCAUUCAAAUAUCUUUUGACAACUAUUUCAAAAUAUAAUUAAUAGUGAGAGACCACCUUUGUCAUUGUGUGCAAACCCCCACAGCCAAGAGAUUUGACCAGCCUAAUGCACAAAUAUCUGGCCCUUCGUUUAUGGUUUUGUCAUCUAUUUGUCAGCCAUCUGCAGGAAGCCAGUGAUAAUCAGGGCCCAUGUAGGUGUUCGGUCAGCAAGACCUGCACUUGGGAAACAGAAGUUUGUACAGGGAAUGGAAAAGGUUGCGUGGCCUGAGCAGCUAUUGGAAUAUCCAAGUCACAAUCAUGAAAGAAAUGGUUGUGGAUAUAGAGGGACAAAUGCAAAGUUAGAAAAAGGACCUUGUUUCCACUUUGGCAACAAUGGUCAGGGUGAAGUUAAGACUGUGCUCAGGGGUUAAGAAGGAUUCCAGCAUUGAGAGGGUUCAGUUAAGGAGCAGAGUUUGAGGUGGAAGCUGAAUAUGACGGUACUGACCUUACUUAGGUUCAAAGAAGUCAUGACCUGGCUCAAGAUUGAGGACUGGGAUGAGAGACAGUAGCGCGAGGGAAAGUGGAGGAGACAGAAAUGUGGAAUCUGCAGGUGAAGUUAUCAGUAUGUUAGACUGCAGCAGGCUAGAUUACAAUUCUUUUACAGAUUAUGGAUAUGAGUGUGUAGGAAAAGACAAAGAAGUUACUAAGAACCAAGCAACUCUUAGAAAAUGGGACAAUGAGGCAAGGCACUAGAGGUGUGUCAAAUGCUGUCGCCACACCAAGAAUAAAUGAAGGAAAGUGCACCAUAAAAGAAUGUUAAAGUACAACGUGCAAGGUUAGGACAAAUCUAGCAAAUCUCAAACACAUUUAUUUUGAUUGACAAUACAUUUAUACAGUAACAAUUUAGACACAUCAAUGACAUUAAAAUUCCAAACUGAACUGGUUUGUGUUAAUGGUGAAACCAAAGUGGAGGUACAAUAAAAGCUGGGUUACACUGAAUACUUUCAGAAAAAUUUAACACAUUAUCAGCACAAGAUUAAAGAAAAACAGAAAAUACCAGAAAUAUUCAGUUUUGAUGAAAAGUCAUCAGCUUGAAGGAUCGGCUCCAAUGCUACUAGAGCUGGUGUACUUCCACUUUCCCUGUUUUUAUUGCAGACCGCCAGCAUGCACACACUUUUACUUUGAUAGCAAUGUAAUUGUUGUUCCAGUAAGAAAAAGAUCAUUUUGUAGCACGGCACUGGUUUGGUGUAUUGAAAUAUUAGCAGCAAUCUCAUUAAACUUCAUUCAUGCUUCUGAGAUUCCUCCCUUUGCAGUUGUACCAAUACUUCGUAGUUAGAUUUGGUCACAUUAACAUAUUACAGUACCAUAGAUUUCUACAGCCUCAAUUCAAGUUAUAACUUAAACAAACUCAAUUUUUUUUUAACCUGGGGUCUGGUACUUCCUAACUUAGUUGAAUGUUCAAUUAUAGUAUUCAAUUGUUCCUGUUGCUAAGAUGAACAUUAUUAAUUGUAUGCAUACUUGGAACUUGAUUUGUAGGCUGCUUGUGUGGAUCAGAUUCUCACUGCUAGAACAUGUCUAGCUUACAGCUCCCAUCUAAAGAGGAACUGGGUAGAUGUCAGGAUGUUUUACUGUUAGAGAGGGGUGAAAAAAAUGUUGUACUUGACUAGGAUAUUAGGUUGAUAUUGUGUACUGCUAAACACAACAUUCACCCCAACUCCACUCAACCUAAGAUAGUUGCCUUGCAGAAACUGAUUUUGGGACAGCUUUCUGCUCAGUCAGGAAUGAUUCAAGUAAAAGGCAAAAAUAGGCAGGGUGCUGGUCCGUUCAUUUAAUGAAGGCCCUGUUCAGGUCUGAGCAGCUAUCAUCUCUGGAAACCAGAUUGGAGGCUGGGGGGAAAGGGGUAGUAAGAGAAUGGGAAAGUAAAGAAUCAAACUGGACGGUCUUCCUUUAUUUAAAUAGCUCUUGUUUCACAAAAGUCAAUAAUGUACACAAAAAACUACACAAGUCAAAUAAUUGUGACAAACUGCACAGUAGGCCAAAGACUCACUGAAAUUUUCGCUGCAUAUUCAAACAUAAUAAUUGCAUUUGGAUUGUUUUGACUUCAAGCUUAGUGGUUCUUAAUUUGCCUUUAAAAUUUUUCCUCUUCUGGAAUUUAGUUUUAACAUUUCCAUCAGCUUUUCUUCAAGUCAGCUGGGUUAGGAAAUAUAUCUACCUGAAAUGCUUCAAGCAUGUCCGACUACCAAGUCUAUGAAAAGACAGAUACAAAAGAGAACUGCUAAAGGGAAUUGCAUUUUCAAUAACUGGAAGUCAGAGCAUUAUUUCUCAGUGAAUUCAUUCAUUGCGAACAGUUGUAUCCUUCUUGCUACUUAUUUUGUGCUUAAGCUGACGUUAUUCAGUGUUUCUAGUGAAAUACGCUUUUAAUAGAGUAGUACAUGUAGAGAAAAGCCUGUGAGCAGAUUACCUCUGGACAGCACUGCGAGAGCAUGAGAAAGAGAAAAUUCUUAAAGGUUCCUUUGCCUCUGAGAAUAGUACUCUUCAUUGUUGUGGAAGCUGUAAAACGUAUAGCUGUGUUUUCAUGAUUAAGAAACCAGAGGUUAAAUAGGUCACUACUACAAGCACUAAUGGAAACUAAUGCACAAGAAUACUGCUCCAUUUUGGAGAAGAUGGACUUUACACUGUGAUAUUUGGUCAUAUUAUAAAAUAAUUAUUUCUUAAACAGAAGCUUACAAGUUUCUUGAAAACAGUAAGGACUGAUGAUGGUGGAAGCUAUAGUCAAUAAAUAUGGAGCUGGAAAAGCACAGUCACUCAGACAACGUCUGAGGAGCAGGAAAAAUCAACGUGAUGAAGGAUUUCGGCUCGAAACAUUGACUUCCCCUGCUCCUUGGACGCUGUCUGACUGGCUUCAAAAUGUUGCUGGCUCGACCUUUAAAAAGUUAUGAGCUCUACAACGAACAGGUUUACGUGGGAGGGUGGAGACAGGAAGGAGAUGCACAAGUAUUUCUCUCAUUUGCUUUCCUGGGAUCUACUUUUGAAGAGAACAAAGAGCUGAUGAAUGUAGAUAACUGUACAAAGUUACGAGAACACGAGGGCCUACAUGGUUAAACAGUAUAGACAAACCAAGUCCAUGCAACUGCAGAAAACUGAAGGAUGAUCAGGUAGAAUUUGAUUAAAGCGAUUAAUGGAAUCAGUAGAAUAGAGACAAAGAGGAAACUACUUAGAUUGAGGGGGUGGGGGAAGGAAAUCAAGAAUAAAGAGUCAUAAUCCCAACCUAAGAGCUCGGGCAGCAGAAUCAGGCAAUACCUUUCUUCAACAAAAAAGGGUACCAAGAGAAAUAGAGAGGAGGUACUAAUCAGCUCCUCCUGUUCCUUACGUACCAUAGUCUGAAAAUCAAAAUCAAAAACUGUAAAAUGGAUAUAAAUAAAUGGUAUAAAUGUGUUAGACCAUUUGCGACUGAUGACUUCAGACUUGACACAAAAAAUUAAUGUCCCAGUGCAAAAAAUGGUAAAGGAAGAGAGUUGAUGUGGCCCAUUCGCUGAGACUGAUCAUGCUGUUGUGUGUUUUUAUUUCAAAUCAUACAAACAUCAUAUUUGCAAUAUAAAUCGUAAGUGAAUAAAACUUGGGUUUUUUUUUAAUAGCUACAUACAGCUUUCUACCAUUAAAAGUUUCCUGCAGUUGCUGCCUUUUCACAUUGUCAGGAAAGGCAUCUGAAAAUGUGGUUCCACAGAAUACAAUAACAGACAAAGAGUGUAAAACUGAAUUACUGCAAGUGGAAGACAUUACGGUUAAAGACCACUUGAUGUCCAUUUUCUGCCUGUUCUGGCUGUCCAGGAGAAGAACACUGUUAUGGAACGCCAAAUAGAAGUGCCGGGAAAUAAAGCAGCAAGGUGGCGCGCACACAUGAAUUAGGAAGACAAUACAACAUUACCAGCUGAAGAUCACAAUUCUGACAUUUGACUACCCAAGACCAAUGUACUGUUCACAAUGCAGCACAGAGUGCAACUGUUCACUGUACUAAAGAACUGUGCACAUUUAACAAAACCAUGAGAUGAACAGAAUGUGGACAGCCUCAACAUUGUUGCUCUCACCAAGCAGUAAUGAGAUUGUCUGACUGCUCAUAACUCCAGCUUUGUAUCAAAUGAGUAAACAACUUCAGUGUACAGUUAUAACUCUAGUUUGUUCAGUCAUAAAACCAAUAUCAUUUGACCCAUUGUAUUAGUGUGCUACAGAAAUUGACGACAAAGCUGGGAAAUCUCAGAUCUCUCAGUUUGUAAGAAAACUGGUGAAAGAAUAUUUCAGGUCAAUAGAACUAUGUGUUUGCCAGCAUUUUUUUGAUCUAUUAAGUUUGAUUUCUAGUCUCUGCAGCAUUUUGCACAUUAUUUUGAGGUUGCACAAUAUAGGCCAAUAGGAAUAUUGAUUGUCUAGAUAGCUCACGGCUUCUGAACUCCAUCAGCCUCCAACCCAACCCAACCCAACCCUAGGCGGAUUACUAUUUACAGGGGCAUGCUGCCACAGUACAUCGGGAUACAAUUCCUAUCAUACAUUACACAUUGAAAAGUGUACACAAGCUUAAUAUAACAAAUAACUCAAAUUGUUCCAUCAAGUAAACUUCUUAAUGCACCGGUGUAAACCAAAAUGACCAGAUAUUUGCAAAUAGUCAGGUUCAGUUUGCUCCACUGAAUCUGUUCAGACUAAAUAGGACUGGUUGAGAAAGAGACAGGUUUUGUUUGUAAAAAACCCAUCACAGAAUACAAAUCUCUGAAGAUGUGUUUGUUUUUACACCUUGGGUUCAUUCAAUGUUUACUGCACACGACAAAACAAGCUUAUGCCAUUCUCAAAGUGUAUUCCUGGGAAAUCUAUAUUAAUUCAGUGGUCCAUAAUUGCUACACAGUUCAUACUGAGAAUGAAUUCCUCAUUUAAAAUUCAUAUAAUAUUGAACUUUAGAGUGCAGUAAAUGUGCCCAGAAUGAUUCUGCUCUGCACUUUACAUUAUGUACAUGAUUCCAGGAAACUAUUUUUCACAUACAACAGCAUGUAUAAACCAAAAAGCCAUGAAAAAUUUCAAAACUAAUCUUGUAUCCAAACCUGACCUUUAACAGAAAGAUACGCAUAAUAAAAUAACUGCACUACUUGUAGAGAUUUUCUGAUCAAUCUGUUGAGAGUUUUGGAGCAGGUGGGACUUAAACCAUUCCCACUGGCCCAGAGGGAGGGACACUACCACUGCACCACAACAGCCCUUAGUUGUGCCGUUUGUAGUUAUUUUAAUCAACCUGUUCAGACAUAUUGUGACAUAUCUGACACAUGUGGAUCUUGAAAUCCCCAGUAGGGGCAUUAUCACUAUGGCACAAACUGUGCCAUUUGUAGACUUGUAUAAACAAACAAACACAAUCUAAACAUCAAAGCUAGUACCAUUUGCCCCAGUUAUGGGAUAAUUUAGUAAUUAAGAUGGCAAUACCUUUAUCCCAAAUCCUGCUCAACAGCCAACAAACAUCUGAGGCUCCUUAAAUUUUUGUCCUAGGCCCUGAAAAUUUGUCUCGUUAAGUAAAUAAUUAACUUUUCUUUUAUAAAUGACAAGUUGCCUUUGGGUAGAAAUAGCAUCUAGGCAAUCACCAAAAGUAACAGCAAUGCUGAAAUAAAAUUUUGGGAAAAUUACAACAUGCUGUAGCAAAACAACUGCUUUUUGUAUACAAAUAUUGAAGGAAGCAAAUCUCUGAGCCAUCUUUCAGACAGAUAUUCUCCAAUAUCCAUUAUGACUCUUGUAAAGAAGCAGCUUUACUCAAGCCCUCAGCUAGAGCAGCUAAUCCUUUCCCAAAUGUACUUGUCUUGGAAGCUGAACAGAGAAGCUGCAUCAUCAAUUCCUGGGAUGAAUAUUGUCCUACGAUGAAAGGUUGAGGAAAUUGUCUACACUCUCUCGAAUUCAAACGAAUGAGAGAGAUGAUUUUAUCGAAACAUCCAAAAUUAUGAAGAAGCUUGGUUGAAUAGGCACUGAGAAGUUGUUCCCUAUGGUUCAAGAAUCUAGAGCACUGGCAUAGGAGUCGAGGAAAAGGGGUCAUAUAUUUUGCAUUGAGAGAAGACAUUUCUUCUAAGGAUUUUGAUGCUUGGAGAUUCUUAUUUUCACACAAAAAGUUUGCUAAUGCUCCAUUGUUGAACAUACUCAAAGCUGAGGUAGAUAGACUUUUGAGCUCUUGGAAUCAGAGGAUGUUGGUAAUAAACAGGAAAGUGCAUUUGAGUCAUAUUAGCCAUGCUCGUGUUGUAUGGAAAAGGCUUUACAGAAGCCAUGAGAUCUAUUACUGCUCUUCUCUCUCAUGUCCUUUAGAGCCAAGACAUUGUGAAAUGCUUUCAAAUAUCACCUUGCAAUGAGCAGAGUGUGGAAAUCUGGAAUCUAGUUUGGUUGGCAGUGUUGUAAUGCCAGAAUUUCCCUCACCUCUGGUGACUCAUGAACAAUAAGUGGGUUUUAUUUGCCAGCCUAACUUAUCAAAUUUUGACAAAAUGCUGGAAGGGUUGGAAUUCUCAAGACAGACCUUUUUUGGGCACCAAGCUCCGACAUGAAAAGUUUCAUCACAAAAAUGCCUUACAUUCUGAUUAGCACACCAUGAUUCAUCACGUCAAUCACCUGCAAAAUGCACUCAUUGUACAAGAGACUGAAGCAAAAACGAACUUGGAACAUGGCCAGGUUCCCUGGUUUAAAGAUAAUUAGAUUCACAGAGACCAGACAAGAUUCCAAUCAAAAUCCUGAUUGGAUUUAAAAAAAUGCUCCUUAAUUUAGUCUCGCUGCCUCUUAGUACAAGACAGUAUGGUAUCAGACGCUAACAGAGUGCUUAGUGUUAAAAAUAUGCAAUAGGGCAGAAACAAGAGAAUCUACAUUGAAUGAGAGAAAAGGAAGAAUGAGGAAAACUACCCCUUUUUCAUGAGAAGACUAGUACAAAACCGGAGCUCAUUACCAAGACAGUGUCCCCAGCAGUCGUGGAUACUGAGCAUUAAAUGCAGCUUUUAUCAUGUGAGUGCACCAAGGAAGCAGAACGGGUUAAAGAGGAUAAAUAGCCUGCUCCUAUUUUCAUUUACAUUUGCCUAUAAUGUUGUGCUGCACAAAAUGGUGUGCUUUAACUUGGUUAUUACUGGUUACUUAGUGCUUUAACGCAAUCUUCUUGCCUCAUAUUGAUUAUAAAGCACAGCAGAUGGAAUGAAGAUUAAUUGCAAGCAUUUGAGUAAAACCGUUUUCCUUUAAUGUGCAUAGUACAUAAAUUUAUGAAGACUACCAAGCAUAGACAUGAUGUUUUCUAAAGAUUCAAAAAUAUAAAUGGCAAAAGAUGGCAAAAAUGACAAUAAGCAACGAUGGCCUAGCCAAUCCAAGCGAUCCAGCCCCUUAUACAGGGUCUAUCAUUGCAAAAUAGUUGUUAUUGAUAUUGCAUGCAAACCAUCUGCCAUUUGUGUCAAUAUAACAACUAACUUCCAAACUAAUUCAGUUGUGAAUCACAAUGGGACAUUGAGCAUAUAAAAGGCACUAAUAUAAUGCAAGUCUUUUAUUCUUCAAUAUGUCCAUCCCAACUCCACCCAUUUUGCAAAACUGCCUCAGACAGGAGUCAGCUCAUUCCAUUUGACAAGAAUAUCUGCAAUCAAGACUGGCUGAUCAUACUUACCUUUGUAAAUAUACCACAAAAAAGUGAACCAAGAACAAAAUGCAGAAUUGAAGAAUAAACCAAGAGAAUAGGAAUGGAAUCAACAGCUUCAAUGUGGAUGAACCAGCUGCACCGCUUACUUGUGUGUGUUCAAAUGCCUAUGACUUGGAAUUGGAGGCAAGAAUCCCUACAUUGGCUCACAUGCUACAUCAAAAACAAUUGAGACAUCCAACAUCUGGGUCAGCACCAAGAAUUACAAAAAUAUUGAAAUGAGAUGGUGGAAGUCAAAUGAGAAACUAAAAGGAAAGUAGUUAAAAUUUCCAUUAUAAUUUCUGAAAUAAGGAAUGUACUAUGAUUUGAAAAGAUAAGGAAUAAAACAGAAGUCCAUUUUAACUAACAGCCAGAAGAUUCAAAUUCCAUGUUGGUCAUUAAAAUACAUCUAUUACUGAUCAGACUAGGUCUAGUUGGAUCAUAGGAUGUGUCAUAUGACUGUAACCCUCAUCUUCACAGUGGGUUCAGCCAGAUCAGCAGACCAUGGCACCCAUUGUGAUCAAAAUGGGUUUGAUCAAUUCACUUAAUCAUCAGUAUACUGUAAAGAAAAGCAGAAGCCAAAAGAAAGAAUGCAUUGAUCGAGAAAGCGAGUAGCAUAGCUGUAAAAAGUGCUCACUGUUCCUCAAUUAUUGCCUCUCCUCCUUUUGAAGGAGGCAAUGAGAUAAAGAAAGGAAGUAAUAACAGAGUACAAAAUCAGAGAUAAGGGAUAUUUUUUGGUUUUUUGAGUAUCAAAAUCAUAUUCUAGUUAAAACAGUCUUGAAAACAAGAGUGAGUCAGCUGUAGUUAACAUUGCUGAGUGUGUGCUGUGUUGAUUUGUUUGGAACUACUGUUUGUUUGACUAAUCAGAGUUCCAUUAAACAUUCCGUGAGCUAUACUUGUAUUUACUAAUCAUUUACACCUUACGUGAAAAAAAACUGGCUUUCUCAUAAUUUACUUCUGCACACCUAAGAUCUUGGAUUAACUGUUUAACAUCACUGAAGAAAACUUGGAAUGUUUUCAGUAUGGAAUUUGCACUGUUUGAGAUAUAGAAAAUGAAUAUCCAGACAAUUAACAUACAUCACUUCCUUCACCACAAUUCUGUUUUCAGAAAUGUGUCUUCUUCUGCUGUGGGGAAAAAAAAAGACCCAAAUUAUCAGUCUAAAUUAUUUCUCAUUCACAAUGAGAAAUGAUUUUAAGUAAACCUGCAAAGCAAUGCAAUUAUUAAGAACAUGACCAAGACAGGGUGUGUCCUCAAAGAUGAAGUUUGGUUGUCAAGUGAGUAACAAAUAAAAUGGAAAUAUAAAACAGAAACAUGAACAGACAGAAUUUAACAAUGCAUUUAAGGAAACAGUUCACAAAAAUUGUUCCACUCCAUCAAACAAAUUCCAGCAAAAUUACACAAAUGCCUCAACUGCACAAACUACCCUUUGGAAAACUGUACUUCAUUCUUCACAGCCAAAUUAUUUUUUCCUGGAAUCAUUGCACUUUAGGCUCAUCAUAAACUGUUCAGUGUUUGGAAGGUUGCUUUGAAAAUGUAAAAUUCCUUUGUUCCUCAUUUAUGUGAUCACACUGCAUGACCACAGCAGACUGAUCCUCCAUGUGUAGACUAGCCUGUUUGACAGAAUCCCUUUAUAAGAUCAGCAACAGCACGUCAUGACACCACAGGAGUCAUAUCCCAGAGCUGUGGGGAAGUACAAUCAGAAUUCUGGUUAACACAUUUGCAAGAUUCAUAAUGUUGCUUGCAUACCUAGAUCCAUUAGAUAACAUUAAUGCCCUGGAGUAUUAUAUCUCUAGAUGGUUUCAGCCCUAUAACUUGCUUCUCAUGCAUUUUUUUUUAAAUAAAAGAACUCAACACUGGUGUAAGUAAACCUGGAGAAGUUACCCUCCUCCCAGGGAUGCCUCACCAAUAGAAGGUGACCAUGUUAUUGAACACACAUACCACUAUUGGAUUUAGUUGUGAUAUUUAGUCAGGAAAUUGCUUGCAUCAGCCACAGUUUAUAACACACUCAAUCAGGAACAAUGAUUUAAAACUAGUGUUAGACAACAAGUGGCUGCAAGCCUCCUGGAGUGCUAAUGGAAAUUUGUUUAUGCUGCAGGGUUAGACCAGGAUAGAUAAAACAUUAAGCCAUUAGCUUUAGUAGAAUAUAGUAUGAGCAUUUUUAAAGAUUUAUUUGAAAAGCUUUUGGUUCAGUUUGAACUGAAGUCAAAUGCAAGUAUAGUUUCUUGUGGAAAAUUACUUUCAUAGCAGAGAAGGAAAUAAGUUACCUCAGUGAAAAAGAGUGUAGUUUGAGAGACUUAUAGAUCAGCGUAGAGUCAAACAGCAUAAACACACCUAUCCAGAUGCCUUUUAAAUGUUCUAACUGCAGUGUUAGAACUCUGCACAUUAGUACAAGAUGAAAAUGAUUAAGCUUACAGUUGAGAAAGUGGUCCAGGGAAAAGACUUCAUAGGUCAUGAAGUCACAGAAAUGAGGAUAAGCUGUUAAAUCAUACCUACAGAUGAGAUGGGGUGGAUUUCUCAAUUUUGAUUCACUAAAGCAACAGUGGUGGGCAGUAGAUAGGGUUUUGUUUUGCUCUGUGUUUUGAAAUC